AUGGACUCUGUUCAAAAUUUAAUCAAGAACCUUUUUCCACAUAAUACUAUAAGUUAUCAUAUAAAUGACUUAACUAAUGAACCAUCUGAUCGAAAUAAUAUAACAAAUGAUAUUUGUAUAAGUAUAGAAAAAGAAAAUAAAUCUCGACAAUUUUGUCGUCUUACCAUUGAACAACUAAUAACACUAUUUGAACAUUGUCCUGUAUCCGAUCGAACUUUAUAUGAAGUUAUUUCUCUGUGGAAGGUUGUCAAAACAUAUAUUGAUUAUGAGUACUUCAUCGACAAAAAUCUUGAUAUAGAAAAUCAUUACAUUGGUCCUAUAUCUUGUCUUAAAAUACUUUACUAUUUUCUAAAUAUUCCAAAUGACACUAUUGAUACAAUCGAAAUCUAUACACAAAAGAUUUUAAAACAAUUUCUAGUUUUACAAGCAUCAACAAACGAAAAGAUAUCGUAUCAUUUUAUACAUUCGAAACCAUCACUUGUAUUUGAAAAUGUAUCAACUCUUGGUAUUUUUCUGAAAGCUAUUAUUCAUUUUCUCCUAUUCUCAAUUAUUCAACAUAAAUGUACAAUGUUUAAUAUCAAUUCACCACCAGAACCCUGUACGAUAUCAAAUUUAAUUCAAAUCUUAGCUCCAUAUGUCAGUAUACUACGAAAACAUUGUACUUCAUGUACAAUAUCGAUUCCUUAUGUUUCAAUUGCUGAUAUUUCAUAUUUGCUUGUACGAAGUGCAGCAGAUAAAUGGACUACAGCGAUUGAUAUAAAUGUUUAUUCAAAAAACCAACAAUUUCAUUUAUUUAAUAGUGUAAAAUACGGAAAAAACAAUUCCCUUAUUCCCUCAAUUACAUUUCCUUUUGCUUCUUCGUUACAAUAUUCAUCCAGUGAUAUUCUUAAAUAAAUGCGGAAACUUCGGAUUUAAAUCCGAGAGUUAUGUGUACUUCAAAAAGUGAAUCAUACAAAUCAAUCAUCCUAGACUGUCUGAAUAUCAAAAUUAUACUGUGAAAUCUACCAUUUAAAAUGUUGAUUUCUAUUGCGCGUUGCCAAACCAAUAGGACAUGGGACCGAAUACAGCUCAAGUUUGAACUCUUUCCCUUGAUUUACCCUAAGAAAGUCGUUUUUCCUAUAACUUCAUUUCUAUUGGUCACUGCACAACUAAUAGUAUUUCGAUGGAAGUGCAGUACACAUUCGAGUUCUCCAUAUCUGAAAACCUCGAAGUAUCAUCAGUGUGACCGGAAGAUAAAGCUCUAUUUGUGGAUCAAUUAGAUCGUACACCAAAAUAUAACCUAGUUCUCUUUAAUUAUCCUUGUCAUUGGUAAGUCAACCUUCUUGUUUCUUUAUGUUUUAUAUAUCAUUUUGUAGUUCUUGAAAUUCUCUAUCGAAUGGUAUAUAAUAGUUGGGGUUUUAAUUGACUAUGAUAGGAAAAGUCUUACGAAAGUCGCGAUGGGUCCUUUUUUCCACAGAAAGCUAUAGGGAAAAAUGGAUAUUUUUGCAAUAACUCAGGAACGGCUCGGCCGGUUCUUCUCAUCUUCGAACUCGACCGAGAUAUUGCCAAGACUAAGGCGUGUAGAAAGUUUCAUCGCAAUCUGACCCUGCUGUCAAAAGUUAUCAUGUAAACAGCCAACCAGACGGACGGACACACUGACUAUUCUAUAGUGGACUCACUUUUUGAGUACACAAAACUAUGAUUCGGUUCAAAACUAAUAUCAGAUUCAGAAUCAGCGUUAAAAACUGAGUCGAUUUAUGUAUUUUGUGAAUAAUUAUGAGCAAAAAAUUUUUUUUCGAAAAAUCCCCGUACCCCCCCCCCUCAGGGAUGGUCUGGUCAAAAAUCACAAUUUUUUCGAUAACUCAGC